AUGGAGGACUAUGAUGACAUGUCCGAGGACGAGCCAACUCUGCAACCUCCCACAACCGUUGUGGUGGUCGAUCCCAACGAAGGCCUCAUCUUGACCAAUAUUGUGGAAUCUACGCAGAAAGAAUCCGAUGCAGAUAAUCUUCCAGACGUUGACGUCAUCCAUGUCAUGGCGAUUGGCAAAGAAGAAGGCCGGCUUAGUCUUGAAGCUCUAUUUCCAUCAUCAAUGACUAGUAGAAGAAGAGAAUUUGCCUUUCGAUGUAAUAUAGCAAGAUUCCUUUACGGCGACUUCACGAACCAGGCCAUUGAUGACCUUGCCCGACAACUUCUCCAAAGCCUCAUUAUUUUGCAGAAGCAGGAUAAACAUGUCGGUUUCUAUCUCUCGACUGAUCUAAUAUCAUAUAUGAAGUUGAGCUAA